UGCCCCUCACAUGACAGCUGCCAUGGCGGAAGCCGGGGAGAAGGAAACCAGGUCUUAUGAGGAAUCAACAGAUGAAUCUGAGGAAGAUGAGAGUGAAGAAGAACCUAAGCUCAAGUAUGAACGGCUUUCUAAUGGAGUGACUGAAAUUCUCCAGAAGGAUGCAGCCAGCUGCAUGACAGUGCAUGAAAAGUUUUUGGCACUGGGAACACAUUAUGGCAAAGUUUAUUUACUUGAUGUCCAGGGGAACAUCACACAGAAGUUUGAUGUUAGCCCAGUGAAGAUAAAUCAGAUCAGCCUGGAUGAAAGCGGAGAGCACAUGGGUGUUUGCUCAGAAGAUGGGAAGGUACAAGUGUUUGGAUUAUAUUCAGCUGAAGAGUUUCAUGAAACAUUUGACUGUCCUAUUAAAAUUGUUGCUGUUCAUCCUCAAUUUGUAAGAUCCCACUUCAAGCAAUUUGUAACAGGAGGAAAAAAGUUGCUGUUAUAUGAAAGAGGUUGGAUGAAUAGAUGGAAGCCUUCAGUUUUACAUGAAGGGGAAGGAAAUAUAAGAAAUAUAAAAUGGAGAGGGCACUUAAUUGCUUGGGCUAAUAAUAUGGGCGUGAAGAUACUUGACAUGAUCUCCAAGCAAAGAAUUACCAAUGUGCCUCGAGAUGACAUAAGCCUUCGCCCAGAUAUGUAUCCCUGCAGCCUUUGCUGGAAGGAUAAUUUAACGCUGAUUAUUGGCUGGGGAAAUUCAGUAAAGAUUUGCUCAGUAAAAGAACGGCAUGCCAGUGAAAUGCGUGACCUACCAAACCGCUACGUGGAAAUAGUUUUCCAAUUUGACACCGAAUUCUACGUCAGUGGACUUGCACCUCUCUGUGACCAGCUUGUUAUACUUUCAUAUGUAAAGGAGAUCUCUGAAAAAACGGAAGUAGAGUGUUGUGCAAGGCCUAGACUUGAUAUUGUACAACCCCUGCCUGAGUCCUGUGAAGAGAUCUCUUCUGAUGCACUAACAGUACGAGGAUUUCAGGAAAAUGAAUGUCGUGAUUAUCAUUUAGAGUAUUCGGAAGGUGAAUCGCUUUUUUAUAUCAUCAGCCCAAGAGAUGUGGUUGUGGCCAAAGAGCGGGACCAAGAUGAUCACAUUGACUGGCUUCUUGAAAAGAAGAAAUACGAAGAAGCUUUGAUGGCAGCUGAGAUCAGUCAAAAAACAAUAAAAAAGCACAAGAUUUUGGACAUUGGCUUAGCCUAUAUAAAUCACCUGAUGGAGAAAGGAGAGUAUGACCUGGCUGCUCGAAAGUGCCAGAAAAUCCUUGGCAAAAACACAGAACUCUGGGAAUUUGAAGUUUACAAGUUUAAAGAGAUAGGUCAGCUUAAAGCAAUUAGUCGUUACUUGCCAAGGCGAGAUCCAGUUUUGAAACCUCUGAUCUAUGAAAUGGUCCUGCAUGAAUUUUUGGAAAGUAACUAUGAGGGGUUUGCAACGCUAAUAAAAGAAUGGCCUGGAGAUCUGUACAACAACACAAUCAUAGUUCAAGCUGUAGUGGAUCACCUGAAGAAAGAUCCACAGAACAGGACUUUGCUACAAACACUUGCAGAAUUGUACACUUACGAUCAGCGCUAUGGCAGAGCCCUAGAAAUCUACCUAACUCUGAGGCACAAAGAUGUCUUCCAGUUGAUCCACAAGCACAAUCUCUUCAGUUCUAUCAGAGACAAAAUUGUUCUGCUCAUGGAUUUCGAUUCAGAGAAAGCAGUAGACAUGCUUUUGGACAAUGAAGAUAAAAUUUCCAUUGACAGAGUUGUUGAAGAGUUAGAAAACAGGCCUGAGUUACAGCAUGUGUAUUUACACAAGCUUUUCAAAAGAGACCACCAUAAAGGCCAACGAUAUCAUGAGAAACAGAUCAGUCUUUAUGCUGAAUAUGAUCGACCAAACUUGCUUCCAUUUCUCAGAGACAGCACACACUGCCCACUGGAGAAGGCUCUUGAGAUCUGCCAGCAGAGGAACUUUGUAGAGGAGACAGUCUAUCUUCUGAGCAGAAUGGGUAAUAGCCGCAGUGCCUUGAAGAUGAUAAUGGAAGAAUUGCAAGAUGUAGAUAAAGCUAUUGAAUUUGCCAAGGAACAAGAUGAUGGAGAACUUUGGGAAGAUCUCAUUUUAUAUUCUAUUGACAAACCACCUUUUAUAACUGGUUUGUUGAACAAUAUUGGAACCCAUGUUGAUCCUAUUCUUUUGAUCCACCGCAUUAAGGAAGGCAUGGAGAUUCCUAAUUUGAGAGACUCACUAGUGAAAAUUCUUCAGGACUACAACUUGCAGAUCUUGCUGCGGGAAGGAUGCAAAAAGAUACUCGUUGCUGAUUCUCUUUCUUUAUUGAAGAAAAUGCAUCGAACUCAGAUGAAGGGUGUUCUAGUGGAUGAGGAGAAUAUCUGUGAAUCAUGUCUGUCUCCAAUACUUCCUUCAGAUGCAUCCAAGUCCUUCAGUGUGGUAGUGUUCCACUGCAGACACAUGUUUCACAGAGAGUGCCUACCUGUAUCUAACACAGUAUCUUCUGUCCAGUUCUGCAAUAUAUGCAGUGCCAAACACAGGGGGCCAGGAAGUGCAGUCCUGGAGAUGAAGAAAUAGCAGUGGCCUAGUUCUCCAUGUCAGUCCAUGACACCAAAUGUGUUAGGACCAUAAAAGCCACUGUAAUUUUCCAUUUCUGUAUACAAUUUUGAUUGUGAUUCAGAAGUGUUCCUGUAAUUUAUCCUGUUUAUUGAAUAUUUUGGGUAAUGAGAAAAUGUGAAAAUCUUUGUCUGGUAAGUCUUUGUUAUGCAAUUCAUAUGUCAUGGUUCCUUUGCUCAGCUUGUUACUUCAUUCUGGAACAGGAAAAAAAAAUAAAACGGGAAGAAAA